AUGGCUCCCUGGGAGCCCCCCUGGGGGCUGGAGAUGACAACUCACCCAUCUUCCUCUGCCUGGUGGGCAGGAAUACGGGCACCCCCUGCAUCCCCAUGUAGUAGCAGAAGUGAUAACACCCACCACGGCUGUGGGGCACGGCGGGAAGGAGGGAACUACACCCACGCCAGAGCCUGUGGGCUGUCUGUGAGGACGUGGGGACACACACACAUUCCCCCGCCGCCGCAGUUCCCGCCUCCCCGCGCUCCCCGCAGCUCACAGCGCCGCUGCUGCAUCCCCGCUACCCCCGAGGGCCCCGAGCGCCCUCUCCGGAGCGGGUCAUGUCGGGGGGGACCGGCCGGGGCCCCGCCGCUGCUGCUGCUGGCGCUGCCCAGCCCGGGGCCGGCGGGUGAGAACACAGAGUUGCCUCCCUUCUCCACAGCAGGAGGACACUACUCCAUUUUGGAAGACAUGGUGCCGCCAGCUCUUAGUGCUACAGUCAUUAUCAUUGUCACCACUGUCAUAUCGUUAAUAAUGGAUUUGGAGUUCUGCCAUUAUUACCAAGUGUUCUCUCUUGGUGAGACAGAAAGAACCCAGGACCUUGGGAAUUGUCUGAAUUUGUCAUCUUUUGAAAUUGUAAAGACAAACUGGACACACUUUUGGAAUUCCAAAGGCAAGCCUUUGCUCUCCAUACACAGAAAUCUAAAUGAUACAUUACAUCUUGCAUCAUAUCAGAGGUCAAAAUAAGCGACCUAGCAAUCUUCUGACCUUCUAAUCUUGAACUGAUCUUCGGAUCUUAAUGCCAACAAGUGCUCACAUUUCUGUUACUGAUGGAUCUUUCAAGUCCAUGUGUCACUUUUUCUUUGCUGUUGAAACAUUUGGUUUUUGCCAUAUAACCAACCUGCUAUUUGGCAUCUAUCAGAACAAAAAUUAUAUCAACUGUUAAAAAAACACCACUCAGCUCUUAUAAUUCUGGCUAUGCAAGUGAUAUUCUUCCAGUUACAUGUCCUAGACAGUGAGUGUACCAUGUUAAAACCACGUUAGCUGUGUGGACCACCCCCCCCCCCCCAUCUUUAAAAAAAAUUAUUCUGAAGAUUUCCAACAGCAGGUAUUUUUGAGGGAUCAGCUGAGAAAAUGAAGUUCAGAAGAAAUGUCAUGGAAUGGCUUUUCUUGGGUCGUUUUGGCUUAAGAUAGACUGGGAAGAGCUGAAAAGGCUUUUUUGGAACGGCUGAUUUUGGGGUUUGGUCUGCAGGUCCCAAAGCAAACAAAGUACAGAUAAACAAAGGCAAACAUCCAGAGACAGCCUGUUUGAGACCCACCUGCGCCAAGUCUUUGAGAUGUGUCUUGUUUACCAGUGGCACAUUGGCUGAGGCAACAAACUCCAGCUGUAUUUGCACUCUUACAAACAUAUCUCUCCUGUAGACGUUGGUUUUACGUCAACCUCUUCUCUUGUGCUUUAAAACAAAACCCAAACAGUUCUGAUCUAUGUUUUUACAGCAAAAAAGCUUGGAGAUGGAAUAUUUGAAAUGCCUGUGAGGAAAAUUUGAAAGAGAAACUCUUAUUUUUACAAAUUUGUCUGUGUGGGAAGAGCCAACUCACAUUAUUUUGAAGAGCUGUGUUGCCAGAAGUUCAUGCUAGGCAGGUUUUGGAUCUCAUCUGUGUCCCUUCGGCAUCUAGUGCUCCUAAUCCAACAACAAAGAAGAAAUACAAGAUCCAGGACCACUUCCAUUCUGGGAGAGGGCCAACAAAAAGCAGUUCAGCUCUGUAUGAAGACCUGGAUGUCACUGAGCAAAUAAAAUCCAUUAUUCUUAGCCAAAUUUCCCUGCAAUGGAUCAGCAGUACUUGUGCUAAAAACUGAUAUGUUUAUUUUGCCAAUUCAAAGCUGUAUACGAUGUUUCUCCUCUUAAAUAUGUAUUUCAGUAUCUCUGUGUAUCUGUGUCACAAGUAAACUAACUGAAGAGCUGAUUUCUAUCAGAUGAAAGACUGCCCUUGGCAAAUCAACCAUGUAAUAAAACAGCAGCGUAUUCGAUAGCCGCUUAGGUAAUUUGUUUCAGAAUUAAGCCAUCUAGAAAAUCUUCAGACCUAAAUCAGGAGAGAAAGGAUCACAUUCAUUACAGCCAUAUGUGACAGCAUUUCUUUUAAUAUAUUACGUUCAUUUAAAUUGUAGUUCCUAGCAUUUCACUGAACAGGCCUAGCAUAUUACAGGCCAGUGGCUUCCAUGCUAGCUCUGGGAGAGUUGGCACCCCAAACUUUUUCCCGGAUAUCUUUUCUUUGCAAUUAUAGGAUGAUUGUUGUCUCUUAAACCAAUGACAGCUGCAGAAUCCGAUAAUAAUGUUAUAAAGUGUACCAAUAUUAGUGAUAGCAAAAGGGAUAAAGUGUAGAGAAAAGAAUUGGAAGAGAAGUCAAGAAAAUAUGUAGGUGAUCAAAGAUCCUUCCCACAGUGUAUUAUCAUUCAUUCAGAGGUGGGUGCAGAGGUAACCCCAACUGCUCUCUAACUUGUGUUCCCAUUUCCUCAUCUUUCUUCUGCAGAUCUUGACUCCUCCAUCCAUUUCCAAAGGUAUCUUCAAUCUCUUCCAUGGUCCUAAGUCCCCAUCACAGCCAAGACUAUGAAUGUAGCCCAUUCAUUCUCCUUAUUUACCUACCUAAAUAUUGGUUUUUUUAAUAUUUCUCCUCCCAUCCACUCCAUAUUUCCUGUGACAUUCCCAUUACUCAUGCCCCAGUGCACAACCCUUAUUACUGUUGCCACUUCUGGGUUAUUUCAAUUCUAUCUGCCAGAAAUUAUUGUUCCUGUAAUUGUUCACUAAAUGUUGUAGGGAACAUUAUAGAAACGAAACACAAACUAUAUAACCAUAUAAAAAAGGCUUCAAAUGGCAUUUAUACAGUGUUCUUCAUCUUUUCUUGUAAAAUAUAUAGCAAUUAUUCCCACAUUAAAGAAGAAUUCUCACUUAAAUACACCUGAAGAAGGUCCUUAGAACUCUGCUACUUGCAACUAUGCAGCUCAGUUCUCUAAGAAGUCAUCUUGUACCAAAAAGAAGCCAAAGAAAGAUGAGAGACCUGAAAGGAAGAAUUCUACUUAUAAUAUUGCUAUACAGAAUUUUACCUACAUUUUUUCUCCUGCCUGUUCAUUGUAAAAUUAUUAAUGUUUAUUUGUAUAAGCCUUCUUUCCAUCUAUGUUUGUCAUUUGGGAUCUCUUGUUGUUUUUGUCCUCAUGAUCAGCUUUGCAUUUUUUUCCAAAGUUUGUCUGGAAAAACAUGUUUCAUUUUCUCCUUCGUGUGCUGUUGUUUUCUAUUUUAAAAUUGCUGAAACAUAGACUAAUGCCACUCUUAAAUGAAUACAGCUUAAUUUUAGGUCUGGUGUCUAAAUAGUAUGUCAUCACCUUAGUCCGUAGAUCAAUGAAGUGAGCUACUGUAAUAGUGAAAACAACAGAAAAGUUUUGAGGAGAAUAUCUAUGAUAUUUUGUGUUUUGUGUUUUGUAUUUUAUUUUCACUAAAACCUUUUCUCACACCUUAACUGUUUCUAAUUGAUAACCCUUAAUAAAGACAGAAAAUGCAUAACUCUGAUUCCUCUUCA